AUGUCAAAGUUGAUAGCCGGAGAAACUAGGGGACAAAAAAUUGCUUUGGUCAGUAUUCAUAUUAUAGGACUUCGUACUGAUUGCAGUCAUUUGUACCGUAAUGAAUCGAGCAUAGCCAAUGUAUACUCUGGGAAUUUCAUGAGCUCGGGCUUGAGUGCAUACAUGGUUUUGGCAAUGGCUGCAUACGGUGCCGAUGGAUCCUCCGCUCAGCAAAUGCGCGAGACUCUCCACCUGCCUGAGGAUGACUCCCACGCUUGUCUGGGAUUUCAGAGCUACAUUGAUUGGCUUAAAGAUACAAAACAAGUUGAUCUCAAAAUUGCUUGCAAAAUGUAUCUUGCUGACAGUUUUAAAAUCAAAAAUAAUUUUAAAAAAUAUACUCGCAAGUAUUUUCGAUCUACAUGUAAAAUAGUGGAUUUUAAAAAGAGUGUUAAAUCUGCCAAAGUAAUGCACGAUUGGUGCGUCAAAAAAACAAGUGGAAAAAUUAAAGACAUCGUACACUUAGAUGGGCUAGACACUGCGGACAUGAUUAUGUUGAGUGUAGCGUAUUUUAAAGCGGAGUUUUUAUGCAAAUUUAAUUCAGUACUAACAGAACAGAAAUUAUUUAAUAUUGACAAACACACCGCCAUCCAAGUUCCCAUGAUGUACAUAUGUGAUCACUUUUUUUAUCGAGAAUUAGAAGAAGUUAAUGCUAGAGUAGUUGCCCUCCCAUAUGUGAAUCAAGACUUUCACAUGGUAAUCGUAGUACCCAACAAAAUUAAUGGCUUGGUGGAGCUUGAGAAAAAUCUCGAGAAAGUCAAACUUGACUUUUGGAGUUUUACAAGGAAUAAAAAAGUAAUGGUUUUGUUACCAAAAUUCAAAGUCGAAUCAACGCUAAAUCUAAAUCAUCAUUUAAUGUCAGGAAUGAGCGACGUGUUUACGGAACGAGCAAAUUUUAAGGGUAUAUGUGAUGAAAAUGUUCGUAUUUCCCAAGUUAUACAAAAAGCUUUUUUCGAAGUUUAUGAAGAACGUAGUGAAGCUAUUAAACUCCCAUGUGAUAGAAGCUGUGUACGUACUGUUUUCUCGGAUUCUGAAGGAAUCAAAUUGAAGGCUAUCAGAACUUUACCUAGACUACAAUCAUGGCCUAUUGAAUUCUACAAACUCUUAGAGGUGGUAUGUAUAAUGUUUCCAGAUCCUAGGUGUAAGGUAAUCAGGCGUAAGGUAAGGACAGGUGGUAUUAUUUUGACUUGCGGUCAAGGGUAUACAGCACAGUUAGGUUUGGAAGAGGAUGUGUUGAAAAGUCAUGGUUUUCACGAGUACCCCAAUUGA